AUGCGCAUCAUUGGCCCUUGCUUGGUGAUCCUGGCCUUUUGCUUACAAGGUUUUGUCACCUAUGCAUUCUUUUGGCAUGGGUUGGAACCAAUCUCUUUAGAAGCUGGAUGGCCGGCAUCUAUCGCUUUAUCCAUUCUUGGUGUGUUCCUCCUCGCCAAUGCGUUGUACAACUACACGAAGGCGAUUUUGACACCGGGAGGAAUUCCUCCGCCCUACGAGAAGGAGCAACCGGAGUUGAUGAACAUCACCGAGAAGCAGAUCCCCGCGAGGCAAUGUACCAAGUGUGGACUGCUGAAGCCUCCUCGCGCUCAUCACUGCAGUGUGUGUGGGGUGUGCAUUAUGAAGAUGGAUCAUCAUUGUCCGUGGAUCAACAAUUGUGUUGGUAUUGGCAACUACAGAUUCUUCUUCCUCUUUCUGCUUUUCCUUGGACUCGCUUGUCUCUUCAUUAUCGCGGUCUUUGGCUUUUUCUUCUACGAUAUCAUUUUCGCCUUUGGGCGGAGAGGAACCCGAGCAUUUCGAAACUGCGUCCUGAUGUCUUUCAUGAUUUGUGUUUCAAUCUUUGUGGCCCUUUGUAUGCUUGGUGGCUUUCACUUCUACUUGAUCCUCACCAACCAAACCACCAUCGAGUUCCAGCUGAACAUGGUUCGGAGACGUCAGUGUCGGAAGAACGGCGAGCCACUUGUGCUGAGAAGCAUCGCUCGUGACUCCCUUGGUGACUUCAUGCACCCCAAAAAGCGCUCUCACUGCGGCGAUAUGUCCAGACCUGGUGCUUUCGCAAGUCCGAAAACAAAAACAGUUCCUAUAAGUUAUAUUUACAUCAUUUGUGGCUCUUCCUAUGGACUUGUGAACUCACGAUCCAUACUUGAUUUCAAUUUGGGUCCAUUUGUGCGUGCCGUGCCUUUGUUGGUGAGUGCGUGCACGAGUGCACUCUGA